AUGGGCGAGCCGCGAUUGCUUCCUAGUCUCAGAGGCAUUGCGACGAAAGGGCCUCAAUGGGAUCCCCGGGUUUCUUUCACUGCUGCCGGGCUGGCGGUUUUUUUCUCCUCCUGCCCGCGGCUCGAGUCUCUGCAGCUGCACUGCCCGCCUAAUCUGACCCGCCUCCCUCCGUCAAUCUGCGAGUUACAUCACUUGACGGCGCUGGUGAUCACUGGGUAUGGACUGAGGCGCCUUCCUGACGGUUUCUGUCAGCUCUCCGCUCUCGUCCGUCUAUCUAUUCGCUCGGAAUCCCUGUCGAAACUUCCAGCCUGCUUUUCAACGGGAACGGACGUUGACGGAGGUCGUUCUAACCAAUCAGACAACUAUCCUGACGACGAAUGGUCGUCAGACGAGGACUUCAGUAACAGCGACUCGGAUCAGAAGAACAAAGCUUCGUCGAUUCUUCCAGUCACCUCCCUCCCGCUCCCACACAACCCCCCUACUCCCCCACCUCGUCUCUCCACACUCUCCUCCCUCCGCCACCUUUCCCUGACCCGCCAUUUCCUCCGCUCCCUCCCCGCAACCCUCCCCGCCGCGCUCCCCCUUCUCGAGUCCCUCGAGCUCCGCGAGUCCUAUUAUAUUUCCGCCAUUCCCCUGCGCCUCCCCGCGCGCCUCCCCCGCCUCCGCGCGCUCACCCUCGGCUAUCUCCCAAGCCUGCGCGCUUCGCUGCCGGCGAUCCUCGCCGCUGAUCCCCCUCCCGCCGCAGAAGCCGCCGCUCCCCCGUCCGGGGAGACCGCAGCCGCAACAGAAGCCGAUGGAAACUCUGGGGGAAUUCUGGAACGGGGCACAAGGGAGGCUUAUAGCGGGGUUGAUCGUAAGGAGUACGCGGAGGGGUUAUGCCAGGGAUUAGAAUGUCUGGAGUUAUUCAGUUGGGGACAACUCAGCGAAAUCUCAGGGAGCACUCUCGCUGCCUUAUCUCCGUCCCUGGCCCACCUCACUCUAGCGGACUGCUCCUCGCUCUCCUCCCUCCCAGACGAGCUCUCUCUCAUGCCCAACCUCCGCUCCCUCACUCUCUCCGGCCUCCCACGCCUCUCCUCACUCCCCUCCUCCCUCCACCUCCUCUCCCACUCUCUCCGCGACCUCAGCAUCAUUUCCCCUGCCCCAUGCCUGGCAAUGGCUGCCGUUGCUGCAGCAUCUGGAAGUGGACUAUAA